UCAAGAUAACAGGUUUUUUUGGUGGGAACUGCAAUGGCAUCAUCAUCUUGGUGUUUCUUCUUAGCUCUGCUUUAUUUUGCAUUACUACUCCUCGCCGAUGCUGCAUGCUGUACGUCUUCUGUGCAGAGGCAGACGCUUUGCCACGGAGAGGAGCGGUCUGCCUUACUGCAAUUCAAGGCUAGUCUCACGACAAACAAGACUGCUAGCGCUUCAAGUAAUCCCUUUGCUUAUCCGAAGGUUGCGUCUUGGGGUGAGCCAGAAGGAGAAUCUCAAGUGAGCAAUUGUUGUUCAUGGGAUGGUGUUGAAUGCAAUGAAGCCUCUGGCCGUGUUAUAGGCCUUCACCUUGCCAGCAGCUGUCUUUAUGGUUCCAUCAACUCCAACAGCAGUCUGUUUCAGCUUAUUCACUUGCAGACCCUCGACCUCUCUGACAAUAACUUCAGCUUCUCUCAGAUACCAUCCAGGUUAGGCCAUGAUCUUACUAGUCUAACGUAUCUCAACCUUUCAAUGUCUUCAUUUUCUGGCCAAAUUCCAUCAGAAAUCUCAUAUCUGUCCAAACUCUCUACCCUUGAUCUUUCUUCAAGUUCCUCAUAUACCCUCAAAAUGCCCAACUUCAGAAGUCUAGUUCAGAAUUUAAGCAGCAUAAAACAGCUUCAUCUUACUUCGGUAGAGAUAGGCUCCACAGUGCCUAAUACUUUGGUGAAUCUGUCUUCUCUCACAUCUCUCCGUCUUCAAGCUUGUAACUUGCAGGGGCAAUUCCCAGUAGGCAUUUUCCACCUACCAAAUUUGCAAGUACUUGAUUUGACCUCUAACAGUUACCUAUCCGGUUAUUUUCCUGAUGAGCUUAACAGGAGCAGUCCCCUGAAGAUACUAAAUCUUGGCUCAACCAAUUUCUCAGGUUAUCUACCAGAUUCUAUAGGAGACCUUCGUGUCUUAAAUGUGUUUAACAUAUCAUCUUGUCACUUUUAUCCUCAUGUUCCAUCUUCAAUUUCCAACCUCAGCCAGCUCAAUAUCCUUGAUCUUUCUUCCUUUUAUAACAAUAAACCUGACCUUCCACCAAAUAUUACUUUCAAUGGCCAAGUUUCAGAAUUUUGGUCUUGGAUGGGAAAACUGACCAAACUCAGCAACAUGGUCCUUAGGAAUACCAGCUUAAGGGGAGAUUUUCCAUCUUCAUUAACUAAUCUGACUCAACUUCUGGAAUUAGACUUGAGCCAGAAUCAGUUGAGUGGUGAAUUCCCAUGUUUUUUAGCAAAUAUGACACAACUUAUAAAAUUACGCUUGGGGUACAAUCAACUAACUGGUGAAAUCCCAUCUUGCCUUGUGCACUUGACGCAGUUAACUUUGUUAGACCUGCGAUUUAACAAUCUCCAAGGAGCAAUUCCCAGGUCAGUGUUCCUGCUUACAAGUCUUGAAUAUAUUUUCCUCAACUCAAAUAACUUGAGUGGAAUUGUUGAAUUUGAUGAGAUUUCCAAGCUAAAAAAGUUGAGAGGACUUCGUUUGUCGCUCAACAAGUUAUCUGUGCAGAUCAAAACUGGAUUUACUGCUAUUCCUCCCAAGAUUAAUUUACUGGAACUGAGUUCAUGCAACUUAACAGAGUUUCCAGAAUUUUUGAAAUACACUGGUGAACUGAUGCAUCUAGAUCUAUCUGACAACAAAAUUCAUGGCCAAAUACCUAAAUGGAUGUGGAAUUCAACAAGUGAAACUUUGUUGUUUCUCAACCUCUCUCACAACCAGUUAACUGGAUUUGAAGAAAAUCCGGUCAUUAUACCUUGGCAUCGGUUAAGCACUUUACAGCUCGACUCUAAUAUGUUACGAGGAUCACUUCUAAUUCCAACACCUUCAAUGGCGGUCUAUUCUGUUUCAAACAACGAAUAUGCAGGAAAGAUACCAGCAACAUUCUGCAAAGCGAGUUUCCUAUCUGUUCUUGAUUUGUCUAACAACAACCUGACUGGCAUGAUUCCCCAAUGUUUUGAGAAUUUUGGAGCUCUUCAGAUAUUGAAAUUGCGGAACAAUUCUUUUCAUGGAUAUAUUCCUCAGUUAUGUUCAGACAGAAGUAUGGAAUUGGUAGCAAUCGACUUGAGUUAUAAUCAGCUACAAGGGAAGCUACCAAGAUCAGUUUCCAAUUGUUCUAAGUUGAUAUUUCUUAAUUUGGGAAAUAAUCAGAUCAGUGAUACCUUUCCAUCUUGGUUAGGAACACUUCAACAAUUAAGAGUUCUGAUUUUGCGGUCUAAUGCAUUUGAUGGCAUAAUUGGAAAGCCUGCAAGUAGCCAUGAGUUCCCUGAGCUGUCCAUUAUUGAUUUAUCAAGCAAUGAGUUUUCAGGUCUGUUGCCCUCUGACUACUUGGAGAACUGGAAUGCCAUGAAAUCUGUUGAUGAAAACAGCCAGAUAUAUGUUCAAUCCGCUAUCAUCUUCGGAAUGUAUCCAGACACAUUCCGCUACAAUUACCCAAUUACAGUUUUUAGCAAAGGUGUGGAACUGAAGUAUUUCAAGACCCCUUUUCUUCUGAGACUCGUAGACUUCUCAAGUAACAGAUUUGAAGGUGACAUUCCACGUAACAUUGGGAAUCUAAGAGCCCUUCAUUUGCUCAAUCUUUCCAACAACACUCUCACUGGUCCAAUCCCCUCGUCUUUGGGGAACUUGACUGCUCUUGAAUCAUUGGAUCUCUCCCAAAAUCAGCUCUCAGGAAAGAUCCCCAGUGUUCUAGCUCAACUGACAUUCCUUGCAUACUUUAAUGUAUCCAACAAUCGUCUUUAUGGUCCUAUCCCACAAGGUCGACAGUUUGAUACAUUCCAAGAGAAUAUGUACCAAGGAAAUACAGGUUUGUGUGGAAAACCUUUGUCAAAGAAAUGUGAAGAUGCCGAGAGCACAACACCAGAAACAACCAUUGAAUUUGAACGAGACGAAGACUCUGGGUUUCAACUUGAGCUUGAUAGGUUUGUGGUUCUGCUAGGAUUUGUUGCUGGUCUAAUAGUUGGAGUGGUUGGGGGAAACUUUUGGACAGCCAAGAAGCAUAACUGGUUUGUCGAUACAUUCAGCAGGAGGAGAAGGCAAGCUAAACGUACACGAGAGAGGAGGGAACAGAGACCAUGGUCUUACUAACCAUGCGCAUCUCUCUCGCCCAGAAUAGUAGAGACUGUAAAGCGCCAGAAAAUGCUAAGCUUUGCUUUGUGUAUAGAAGAGGUGUUCGAGGAAAUUGUAUUUUAAAAGCUCAAGGCCAAUAUUCACUUUGUUCUGCUGUUUCUUGUAUAAUAUUUUAUAUUGUGUGGUGAAUAAGUGUGUUACUGUCUUGAGUACUCAUUGUUCAUCUAUCUUAUUAUUAAAGGUAAUUAAAAGAUGUGUUUAU